AUGCCUGACCAAUCUAUACAUGUAAUCGAAGAUAUCGAUUGCACAAUCAUGCUGCAAAAUCGGGAAACUGAGAAUGAAGAACGGAGUACCAGGAAAAAUCAGGUGACACUCUCUGGGCUCCUCAACCUCAUUGAUGGUCUUUGGUCAUGUUGUACUGAUGAACGCAUAAUAAUUUUCACAACAAAUCAUAAAGAGAAGCUAGAUCCUGUGCUGGUGAGACCUGAGCGCAUGGACAUGCACAUCCACAUGUCAUAUUGCACCAUUUCUGCACUCAAACAGCUGGUAUUCAAUUACCAUGGCCUCUGCCCUCACCAACUCUUCGAGCAGAUCGAAGAGAUGCUCAAACUUCACUCCAAGGCCUCAUCAAUUUCCUCCCGGAGAAGAAAACUCAACAAGAUUAUGAGCCUAAAACUAACACCGUAUGUACAAAAGAAGAGCACCUACAAGAAGGAGGAGGAGGAGAAGAGCAAGAGUUAA